CUUAUCAAUCGUUUAGCAAGAAAAGUAGUAGUGGAUGCUGUAAUUCAGUCAUUACCAUUUUCAAAAGAAGGACUGAGUAUUCAGGAUACUGGUGCAAUGUAUGUCGUAAAUACCCCAGCUGGUGUUAGCAUCAAGUGGGCUCACAUUACAGGCAUCAUAGAUAUAGAGUACGGAUUACACUCUAACACAUCAAUGAAGACAGAAGGACUUUGUGGGGUGUGUAAUGGAGACCCUACUGAUGACCUGAAAAUGCAAAACAGGACCAUAAUUACAAAUAUGGAGGAAAUUGAAGGGUUCAUUAAGAGUUGGGAAAUUGAGAAAUCACUUGAUGUGACAACCAGGAGGCCAGUAAGGAACUGUACUGAAGAUAACUGCACAUACUGUAUGGAACUGUUAAACAGAAGCAUUUUCAUCCCUUGCCACAAGAAAGUGUCACCACAGGAGUUUUGUGAGAAGAUGUGGAUCAACAGUACUUAUUUUUGGAAUUAUGAGUGUGAUGCACUUUCUGCAUAUGUGACUUUAUGCAACAAGCACAACAUCUGCAUUAAAUGGAGGACACCUGAUUACUGUUCACUGAGUUGUCCUGAGGGCAAGGAAUACCAGCCUUGUGUGCAGCCCUGUGAAGCCAAGACGUGCUUGAAUAAAUGGUUCUAUGAAGAUUCACCCUGUUCCUAUUUAAGGGAAGACUGUGUGUGUAAAAAUGGCACUAUUCUGCAUAGAACAGACUCUGACCUCUGUAUACCAGAAGAUAAAUGUACAUGUACAGAUAACAAAGGACAACCCCGCUCUGCUGGAGAGAUCUGGAAUGGGUCCAUGAGAGGCUGUUGCAUGUACAGCUGUUCAGAAAAUGGAAGCGUUAUUGCUGUAGAACCUGAAUGCAACGAGGACCCACCACCUGUCUGUGAAAGAGAAGGGGAAGUUAUCGUCCAUGUCAUCGAAGAGAGAGCUUGCUGUCCAAAGAAAGUUUGCGAAUGUAACAUGUCAUUGUGUGAUGCCAUUAUUCCAACAUGCAAACCCAAUGAGAAACUAGUGGUAGGCUACCACCCCCUGUCCUGCUGCCCACAGUACCAAUGUGAAUGUGAUCCUUCAGUUUGUUUCAAUGCUUCCCAGCUGGACUGCAGAGAAGAUCAAUUUAUUGUUGAAGCAAAACAGGAAGAUCCCUGUUGUUUCUCUUAUCUCUGUGUUUGUGAAUCCUGCAUUGAGCCUGUUCCCUUGUGUAAUGAAGGGGAAAUUCUCACAGUAGACCUUAAUACCAUACACUACUGUUGUCCUCAUUACUACUGCGUUUGCGAUGAAAAUCUUUGUUCUGAGCCUCCUAUGAAUUGCACAGAUGACAUGACACUUGUGAAGGAAAAAGUACCUGGGCGGUGUUGUCCAGAGUGGCACUGUG